CCCAACUACCCCCCCAUGCGUGUGCAUGUGCGUGCGUGCGUGCGCGCGCUGCUGGUGCAGGGAGAGUGAGUAUCCUUCAUUAUGAUGGCGCUAAAUAAAAACCUGCACACGGAGUGAGUUAAAGUGACCACUCUCCGCUGGAUCCCAGUGAACUGACCAUGAGCAGUGUUGAUGGUGGUCAGAUCGUGUCUGAGGAACGUCUGUGUACAGAGGGAGCCGGCUCAUGGUCACCACCCCAAUGAAGAUUCCCACGAGAUGGAAAGGACCGAGCUGCUAUAGUCCAUUUACCAGAUUAAUGGGUCGUUUAAACUGGGGGCGGCCCGUGUGCUGUCGGGGUGGCAGUGUUUAGCUCCUGCACUGCAGGAAAACGACAACAUGAACGGAGCGACAGAGACGCAGGACAUCCUCCCUCCCAACUGCAUGGUGAAGGAGCGCUGGGAAGUGCUGAAGAAGAUUGGUGGUGGAGGAUUCGGAGAGAUCUACGAAGCUCUGGAUCUUCUGACGAAGGAGAACGUGGCUCUGAAGGUGGAAUCGGCUCAGCAGCCAAAACAGGUGCUCAAGAUGGAGGUGGCGGUGCUGAAGAAACUACAGGGCAAAAACCAUGUGUGUAAGUUCAUCGGCUGUGGGAGAAAUGACAAGUUCAACUAUGUGGUCAUGCAGCUUCAGGGACGGAACCUGGCAGAUUUGAGGCGGAGUCAGCCACGUGGAACCUUCACCAUGAGCACAACACUACGCUUGGGAAAACAGAUCCUGGAGUCCAUAGAGGCUAUUCACUCUGUCGGCUUCCUGCACAGAGACAUCAAACCGUCAAAUUUUGCCAUGGGCAGACUGUCGGCCACAUCCAGGAAAUGCUACAUGCUGGAUUUUGGGCUAGCAAGACAGUACACCAACACUAACGGAGAAGUGAGGCCGCCCAGAACUGUAGCUGGUUUUCGUGGCACAGUCCGGUAUGCUUCAGUCAACGCUCACAAAAACAAAGAAAUGGGCCGCCAUGAUGACCUGUGGUCUCUCUUCUACAUGCUGGUUGAGUUUGCAGUUGGUCAGUUGCCUUGGAGAAAGAUCAAAGACAAGGAGCAAGUGGGUCAGGUGAAGGAGCGUUAUGAUCACAGAAUGCUGCUGAAGCACAUGCCAUCUGAGUUCAACAUCUUUCUUGAGCACAUCUUAAGCCUGGACUACUAUACUAAACCUGACUAUCAGCUGCUGAUGUCAGUGUUUGAGAACAGUAUGAAGGCACGUAUGAUCACAGAGAAUGAGCUGUAUGACUGGGAGAAGAGCAGCACAGAGUCAAUGCUGUCCACAAAUACACAGUCCACACAGCAACACACACGGCCUACUGUAGCAAUGGCCAGAGUGCUAAACAUGAGCCCAGUCCCUGGGGACCUGCAGAGAGAGAACACAGAUGAUGUUCUGCAGGAUGAACACCUGAGCGAUCAGGAGAAUGCUCCACCCAAUCCUGCACCUGUGGCUGCAGAGAACAGUCCAGUGCCACCAGAUGGAGAUGAGUGGGACAGCACUGACAUCAACCGCAACAAGCUGAGAAUCAGUCUGGGAAAGGAGGAUGAGGGGAAUCGUGCUGUUUGUCCUGUAUCACCACAGAGAGGAGGGGGCGGGGCAGAAUCUCCCAGUGCACAGAUGCGCUCUCUCAGGUCACGGAUGGAUGCUCUCGGCUCUCCGUCUCGCCAUCUUUACUCCUCACAGCCUGCCCAGAUGCUGUCCAUCGACGGAUGUCGCGGUGACCGCUGCCGCAACGAUGGAUCCGAGGCACACAGCAACGCCUUCAUCCGAUCCGUGCCCCUGGCCGAGGAGGAGGACUUUGACAGCAAGGAGUGGGUCAUCAUUGACAAAGAGGCGGAGCUCAGGGACUUUCAGCACCGUCCACUAGGGGCAGAGCCGACCACCUCCGGCACUACGGACGACGAGCCAGAGGAGCUCCGCCCCCUGGAGGAACCAGCUACGCGACCUAGACUGAACCCUAGAGGCAUGGCCGAGGGGGAGAUAGCGAGGCGGAGUGGGCGUGGGCAACCGACGGACAGUCCUGCACCGUCGCCUUGUCACUUGGGACGAGCCAGGCGGAGAGAGUCGGAGCCGAAUACACCUCACAGACAGGUUUCACUACCUAGGGAUACUCUCCCCUCUCCCACGGAUUAUCGGACCAAAGCGCCGUUUUCCGAGAAAGAAAUGUUCCACAUCCUUCCGAAGCUUCAGGCCAAGAGAGCCGAUUUUCUCACUGUUGUGCUAACUGGAAGCCUCCAUCAGUGCCGGGGCUUCGUGGCCACGCCCCCUGACACCCAUGACAACGGGCCGAGGGAAGACGAUGUGACGAAGAGCGAGUCUGACAGUCUGGAUCAGAGCCAGGACGGACCUCCUUCGACUUUAUUAGCCAUUGACCCUCAGAAAGGCCCCAGAGAUCCAGGUUCAGUGGCUGAUGUGGAUCUGGAUCAGGAGGACAUCUCUAAAACUCUAGUUCUGUUUUCACCUGGAGACGCGAGGAAAUCUCAGAAUUCUGGAACUGGAACCGACGUUCUUCAGAGUGAAAAGGAAGCUGUGGACCGCCAGACAUUUUUCUUGGAGAAAAACCAACAACCUGCAACAAAAUAUUGCGAUUCUGGUACUGGUGGAAUCAUCAGUUUAUCACAACAGAAAUGUGAGCCACUGAUCUGCACUGCUUCUCCUACUCCUGAGACCAAAAUGCAGAAGCAACAACCAGUGCAAGAACCUUUAGAAGAUCAGAAGGAGAAAUAUGAUGAUAGGACUCCUGGAUUAGGAGUCAAACAAGAGUCUAGCCAACAAGCUUCUUCUACAUAUCCUCCAUUGACCAAGGACCAUCUGGAAGAAGGUCCUUUCAAGAAUCAGUGUUUCGAUCCGGAUGAUCUUGGUGUCUCCAAUUUAGUCAGGCAGAAAAUCAUUCCUUCUGCCACUGUACUGGUUCCAUCUAGUUCUGCUGCAUCUCCUCCUUUCACCAAGGUAGAGAGAACCUUCAUUCACAUUGCUGAGAAAACACAUCUGAACAUCAUGUCAUCCAGAGUACCUCAGGUUCAGACGGAGAGCCCUGAGGUAUCUGAGGGCCUUCACUGUGAGGUGGAACCUCAGACCAGAACCAUCAUCCUAGAAGCAGGAGGUAUCUGGUCCAAAAUCUCAUCUUGCAGUCCAGCAGAAGUUCAAAGACAUAAUGUUGCUAAUGGACCUGUGCAGAGCCAGGUUCCUGCCAAAGUAGAUUUCAUUGUUUCUCCUUUUUCCAUGGGGACCAAGCAACAUGUCCAAAGAGAAGCCUUACCAGAGAAGCCCAAAGAUGAGUUCCAGCAUGGGACAGCAGAAGACAAACCUGGAGAUAAAGGCACAUCUUCUCAUCUGAGGAGCAGGAGUCGGAUCCCCAUCCUGGUGUCGGAGGAUAGUGCUGCUGCAGAUCCAUCACUGUCCCGGGAUCAAACCCGGAAACGCUCGAAGCAGCAGGAGUUUGCUCGAAUGGUGCUGGAGAGACAGAGACAGGCAUUAAACUCCAGAGCCUCUUCAUCGCUUUCCUCUGGAGAUGAGCCCAUGAGAGCCUCAGAGACUCUGUCCACCACUGAGGAGGACACGCACCAGUCAGAUGAUUCCAUUGGGAAAGUCAAACAGGAGGUGAGGGAGCGAGGGGGUGAGGGGUGGAGCAGCAGGAUCCCUCGACCUGUUACACCCAUCAAAAGAGCUCCAGCUAAGCUUCUGUUAGCUAUCGCUGCUAAAUCCACUGUGAAACCUGACACCACAACAAACACUGCAAACACUGGGCCGAGGUGUGUGCAGUCUGGAGCCAGUCUGAGGUCUAAAUCUGCUCUAUCCCGACCGGCUAGUCCUCGAACCCCGCUACGCUGCAUCUUCACCACCUCCCGCAGCUUAAACUCCACCCACAGGACACAUAGCCCCUCCCCCCAGCGCAUGAUUGGGAGGACCAUCACAAGCUCUCAGACACACAGUGUCACACAUAGUGGUAAUCGAACCAAAGCUACUUCAUCUGUUAAACACACAACUAAAGUGAAGCAGAAACAGAACACGACUACAGCCAGAUAAUAAUAAUAAGAAGAAAUAACACUAGGCACAAAGUGGGAGAAUUCAUGGAUGUUAUGCCAGUACAUUGCAGGGCACUGAUCAUACCCACCCCCCCACCCACCCCCACCCCCAACACACACACACACACACUCUCUGAUAUAAAGGGACAACAGUUCACCCGCAUGUGUUUGGGAUGUGGGAGGAAACCAGGGAUCCAGAGAACACCCAGAGAGACAUGAAGAGUUCCUGGAACCUGGAGCAAUAGUGUGUGACCAGACAACACAACACACUCUCCAACUGUCCUGUCUAAUAAUAAUAAUAAUAAUAAUAAUAAU